CCAAGCCAUCGACAUCGUCAGCAAGCUCGAGCAAGAGGGUCAGAAUAGCUCCUGUGAAGCCGCGGCACGGCACUGCAGCGGAACUAUUCGGUGCCGAUAGCGAUGACGAGGGAUUAGAAGCGAACCAACCUGCAGGGGAGGUGGGAUCACGUAACCGUCCGUUAUCCAGAACUAUUUUAAUGAAAUGUGACAAAUGUCAAAUUAAAUUGCCUAAGAAUGAAUACAAUGCCCAUUUGAGAACUAAUUUACAUAAAUCGAAUUGCAUAUUGAAAACUGAUUUGAAUAAUAUUGAAAUUAUAGCAACAGCCUUUAAAAACAGAAUAGUCACCUAUCGUCUGAAUGCAACACAAAAUGAAUACGUAACUCCUGAGACGUUUUUGUGUGAUAUCAAAAGUAACAUUAUGAAAGUUGUAGAAAUGUCAUUACGGGAACAUAAAAGUAUCAAAAUAAACUAUGAGCUUUUCGUUUACUUUACAUUACCUCAUUCAGGCAAACAACAGUUAAAGUCAUUCAAUACAAAAUAUGAUGUUAUUUAUGAAAACACAAAUAUCAAUGAACUGUUUGAAAAUACGAUUGAACAUUUAAAAAAUAAAGUUAUAGAAUUUGAGCACCGUGAAUCAGGCUGGUCUUUUGUCGCAAUAAGUCAUUUAGAAGUUAACGUAAACAAGUAUUGUCCGAUGCGAGGAGGUACUUACAUACCUUUACCCCCAAGUGUCAAAAAUACUAAAAGCUGCAUUAAUAUUCAAAACAACGAUAAUUGUUGCUUUUUAUGGAGUAUACUGGCUGGUCUAUAUCCUGCAAAGAAUAAUGUGUGUCGAACUAAAUCAUACCCGCACUAUUCAGAUGUUUUAAAUAUCGAUGGAAUGUCAUUCCCAUUAUCAGUCAGCGAUAUACAGUUAUUUGAAAAAAUAACCCUGAUAUAAGCAUUUGUAUAUAUGGAUUGGAUAAUAAGUAUGCAGUAACAGGUCCUCUAUAUAGAUCCAAAUCAAAGAAAAAUAAUCAUUUUAAUCUAUUAUAUAUUGAAGUCGUUGGUAAAGGACAUUACUGUUUAAUUAAAGACCUGGUACGAUUAGUUAGAAGACAAGUAACUUUACAUAGAGGCCACAUGCAUUUCUGUGACUCAUGUUUGCAAUUUUUUAAAAGCGAUAAUAAAUUUAAAACACACCAUUGUUCCGAAAUUGUAACAGUUUUACCUAAUGAAAAUACUGUCAUUCAAUUUAAGAACUUCGAACGUAAACAAAAAAUCAAUUUUAUUAUAUACGCUGAUUUUGAAAGUAUGUUAAUUAAUUGUAAUUCAGACAGUAGUAAAAAUACGCAAAACCUAAAAAAGCAUGUCCCGACAUGUUUCGGUUAUUACAUAUGCUGCUCGCACGAUGCAAGUUUGAAUAAAUAUGUUUCUUACAGAGGUGAAGAUUGUGUAAAAGUUUUUGUUGAAUGGUUAAUAAACGAUAUUCAUGAAAUUCACAACAUACUAAUUAAAAAUAAUCCUAUGAAUCCAUUAACAUAUAAAGAAAAGUGUAAUUAUGAGAAUGCUACACACUGUCAUAUUUGUAAGCAGUUUUUAUUUGGUGACAAAGUCCGUGAUCACGAUCACAUUACAUCAGAGUACAGAGGUGCAGCUCAUUCACUUUGCAAUUUGAAAUACAGAAUCUGUUCCUUUAUACCAGUUGUCUUACAUAAUUUGACGGGGUAUGAUAGUCAUUUAUUUAUAGAAGAACUUGCAAAGUACCCCGGGUCUAUCAAAAUAAUGCCACAGUCCAAGGAAAAAUAUUCAAGCAUAACAAAAACUAUAUAUUCUACUAACAAAUCGAGCGCCAAACCAAUUGAAAUAAAGUUUAUCGAUUCUUUUCAAUUUCUUAGUUCCAGUUUAUUUGAGUUAACCAAAAGUUUGAAUAAAGAGGAUUUUGUUAACUUGUCUAAAGAAUUUACUGAUACCCACCACUUUCAGUUAUUAACACGUAAAGGUGUUUAUCCCUAUGAUUACAUUGAUUCCUGGUUGAAAUAUGAAGACAAUAAACUACCGACAAAAGAAAUGUUUUAUAAUACUCUAAAAUCUAAACACAUCUCAGAUAUUGAUUAUAAUCAUGCCGAAACUGUGUGGUCAGCUUUUAAUAUAAUGACUUUAGGGGAAUAUACUGAUUUAUACUUAAAAUGUGACGUCUUGUUGUUAAGCGAUGUGUUUGAACAUUUUAGAAAUACAAGUUUGAAGCAUUAUAAUCUAGACCCAGCCUAUUAUGUAUCUGCACCUAAUUUAAGUUGGGAUGCUAUGCUUUUGUUUACAGACGUAAAAUUACAGUUAAUACACGACUUAGAAGUAUAUCAGAUGAUAGAAAGAGGGAUACGUGGUGGAUUAGCCCAGUGUUCUCUUCGGAAUUCAAAAGCAAACAAUAAAUACACCCCUGAUUUUGAUACUUCUAGACCCACCUCAUAUUUGAUGUAUCUGGAUUGUAACAAUCUCUAUGGUUAUGCUAUGAGACAAAAAUUACCUGUAUCAGACUUUGAGUUUUUAACUUUAGAUCGGGUUAGAAAUUUUGACAUACUGACUAUACCAGAAAACGGUGAACAUGGAUACAUUUUAGAAGUUGACAUGAGUUAUCCUGAUCAUUUACACGAUCUGCAUGCCGAUUUGCCUUUUGCACCUGAAAGGUUUGUUCCCCAGGUGGGAAGUCAGAAAAGUUAAUUGCAAAUUUAUAUGACAAAUACAACUAUAUCAUUCAUUUCGUACAUUUGAAGGAAUGUUUAAAGAACGGGUUAGUGUUACAGAAAAUACAUCGCAUUCUACGUUUUAGACAGUCUAACUUCUUACAAAAAUAUAUUGAUCUAAAUACUCGAUUACGACAAGAAGCUUCUACUUCAUUUGAAAAAGACUUUUUUAAACUAUUAAAUAAUGCUAUAUUUGGAAAAACAAUUGAAAAUAAGCGAAAACAUUUACAUGUUCAAUUAGCAAUAAAAUGGAAAGACAAUGACAAUAAAACAAACAAACACUUAGGUGCAGAAAAAAUAUUAUUAAAACCUAAUGUAAAGAAUGUAUCCAUAUUUAAUGAAAACUUUGUGGCUGUUCAAUUAAGUCCUGAAAAAAUUUGUUUAGACCGCCCGAUUUAUAUUGGAUUUACAGUUUUAGAAUUGGCAAAAACACAUUUAUAUCAAUUUCAUUAUAAUUUCAUUAAAAAAACGUACAAAGAAAACGUGAAACUCUGUUAUACUGAUACUGAUAGCCUUCUUUAUAACAUUAUUACUGAUGACUUUUACAAUGAUCUAAAUAAAAA